AUCAGCAAAGCCCUUCAACGACGUUCAGAUGCUAUUCGGAACACUAUAAAUCGUUACAACACUCAGGCUGCCGCUUUGGUCCCACCUAGGCCAAAACUAGCAUGGAAAGACAUUGUCGAGUACAGCUUCCUAGGCGAAUUUGACCUAUUGCGCAACUCACGUACUGACAUUCGAGAUGCUGACUGGACCACACCUGUUCAUCGCGAGGCCACAGUGAAAUACUUCAAGCUCCAACGUGCUCGGGAAGAAGUACAGCGUCUCAAUAUAGAAGUCUGA